AUGGCUUUGAGUUUGCGGCUCAGUUCGUUGUUGUUAUCGUGCAAGGGUCGUGCUCGAUUUGUUGAGAAUGGGAGAUUGUUGCAAGGGCUUUUAGAUGGAUUCUCAGUUGAGGGUGUUCUUGGUAUUCACUCUGUCCGUGCAUUACCUUGCGUUAUGAUUUAUGGGUCUUUAGUGGCUGGGACUGCCUUUCAGGAUGGAGAUGCUGAUUAUACGGUUGUCUUUUCCUCUCCCGCUUCCCAUGAGGAGUUGUCCAGGCUUGAAAAGCUUAAAUUGGCGUCUUCGAGCUUUCUUGAAGUUUCACGUGAGCAUCAGCAGCAGGUUUUAUCUUCAAUUCUCAAGCAUAUUAAACUUCAGGGCUCCUGUGCGUUCUUGGAACAUGAACGUAUUUUUACCGCACGUGUUCCCAUUGUUCGUCUAAAGCGAAUGGGAAUCACUGGGGGCGAUACUAAUUGUUUUGACCUUUCUUUGUCUUUAGAUGGACUUCGAAAUUCCUUGCUGAUUAGGCUGUACAUGGAGUCUGAUCCGCGCCUUCGCGCUGGGGCGCUCUGUGCGAAACGAUGGGGUCGCUCGCAGAGAAUUUUAGAUGCUCGACAUGGGUGGAUUUCUCCUUACGCGUUGACUGUUAUGUACAUAUUUUACAUGCAGACAACAGGACGAAGUAAUUGUGUUAUCAACGAAGCCCAAGUCGAUAAAAUACUCGAGGUUGUAGCAGCACACCAUUCGGAUGACUACUGCAUCAAUUGCUCGCAGUUUUAUGAGGCCAUUCCUUGUGUGGACGUGAAUGUGUCUGAAGUUUUGUCGGAUUUACAGGGCUUUUUUCGCUUCUUUAGUGAUUCUAGAGAGUUUGACUUUGAUGUGGAUGUUGUUGAUAUUCGCACAAUGGAGAAAUGUCAUUCGAAGGAGCGAUGGCUUGAAGAGAUGAGGGGGUUUGGCGAAGGAGAGCGAUGGGGGCUUUUGGGGUAUGAGGUGCUUAUGCUGCGUGACCCCUACGAGCCACACAAUUUGGGGCGAAGUGUGGAUUUUUUCCGUGCCGAAUUUAUUCGUGAGACCUUUCGAUUGGCCGCAGACAAGAGUGCGGAGGGUAUUCUGGACCUCUUAAUGGGGUGA